AUGCCCGAUCUGCGUCGCCAGAUCUUCGAGAGCGGCAAGACCGUGUCGCGCAAGGCGGCUUCUCGCGAGGGUUCUCGUAAGACCUCUCGCGCCGGCUCCAAGCAAACAUCUCGCCAAUCCUCACGGGCUACGAGCCGACACCCCUCAGACGACGAUGAGGCCGGAUAUGCCUCUGACGACACUGCGAUGAGCAUCGGCUCUUUGGACGAUGAAAAUCCCGAGCAGGAUAAUGAAGACUGGCCCCAAGAGCUGGGCGAUCGCAUCCAAGAACUGAUCGACCGCAAGCGCAGCAGCGUCCAGGGCCGCGAGGAGGCCUUGGCGGCAUUCUGCCGGCUGACCAAAUACCACUAUGCCCUCGAAGAAAUCGGCUCGCAUGUGCAGGAUCUGCUCAGCACGUUCGCACGGAGUGUCCGAUCUGAAACCAGCAUUCGGGAGGCAACGUCCGCUCUGCGCGCAAUCGAACUGCUUGCCAUCACGUCCAGCGACGACAAGAUCUACCUGAAUACGGAGCAGCUGCUGACCCGCGCUAUUCGCGACUCCAGCUCGCCCGUUGUCAAGGCCGCAGCGAUCAAUUGCCUGGGAGCAUGCACCCUGUUCGGUGGUGCUGGCGAAGAGAGCAUUCUUGAUCAGAUGACAUUCCUGCUGGACAUUGUGGCCUCGGAUGGCCAGUCGAUUGACGCAUCAGACGAUGUUACUGCCGUUAGUGCCGCUUUGCAGAUCUGGGGAUUACUUGCGACGGAAAUCGAGGACUACGAGAAUGACAGUGAAGAAGCCGCCCAGAUCUUCAUCGACCAGCUGGACAGUGGAGACUCCGGCGUUCAGAUCGCCGCCGGUGAAUGUAUCGCUCUCCUAUAUGAGAAGAGCUACACGCCCCAAGAAGACGACGAAGAUGAUGAGAUUAGUGAGGGUGAUGAAGACGAUGAGCACGGUCUUAUUGACCCGACCGGCCCUAAGCUGAUCAAGCGAUACAAUGCCUAUCACAACACUCCCGAGCUCGAGCGGCAAUUACAUUCGCUGGCAACUGUGCACUCCAAGCGCAUCAGCAAGCGCGACAAGAAGUCCCUGCACAGCAACUUUACAUCCAUCCUCACCACCGUCGAGAACCCCCGUCGUGGCCCGCGAUACAACAUGGCCAUUGACCAGGAUACCAACCGACACUACGGAAGCACACUUACUGUCAAGAUCGGUCGCCACGGUAUUAUGAGCAUCGAUCGCUGGUGGAAAUGGGUGCGUCUGACCUCUCUUCGCCGUAUCCUGCAGGGCGGCUUCGCCGAACACUACUACCAGGGCAACCGCGCUGUCCUCGAGAGCCUCCCCGUGAUGAUGCGCAGCGUGAACGACUCCCGGUCUGGAAACGGCGACCGACAGAGCGCUCGCAAAGCCGCGAAGAUGCGCAACUCUCGACACUGGACUGCCCAUGCCUCGGAUGACGAUGAGUAG